CCACACCAUCCUCCCCACGUCUGCUGCUAAGCCUCGAGAGAUGAGCAUACCGGAGUUCCUACUGGAAGUGUCCAUUGUGGUGAUAGCUGUGGUCUCGCUGUUGACAAACCUGUCAGUGUUGCUAUGUUUCACCCAGAGCGCCGACUUAAGAUCCCACGUGCCAGGCAUCUUCAUCCUGAACCUGUCCUUCUCCAACAUCCUGCUCACCGUCAUCAACAUGCCCGCCACUUUUCUCGCUGUGGCAGAAAGCGCAAAGCCCUUCGGGGACUUGUUCUGCCAGGCUGUCAGUUUUGCUGAGACUUUUCUCACCGCUAACGCGAUGCUGAGCAUGGCCGCGCUCAGCAUGGACAGGUGGAUCGCGGUGGUGUUCCCCCUCAGUUACUCCAGCAAGAUGCGCUACAGGGACGCGUUUCUCAUCGUGGCGUACUCCUGGAUGCACUCUCUCACCUUCUCCCUGACCCAGCUGCUCAUGGACUGGGGGGGUUACAGCCACACUUACGCCUCGUGCACGGUGCACCUGGAUGGGGAGAAGAGGUCGCAGCUGGCCGCCUAUGCGACUUUCACUGCGCUGUUUCACUGCAGCAGCUUCGCGCUCUGCCUGCUCGUGCUGUGCUUCGCCUACCUGAAAGUUUUGAGAGUGGCCAGGUCGCACUGCAAGAGGAUAGAUGUGAUAACAGUGCAGACUCUGCUGCUGCUGGUGGAUAUUCACCCCAGUGUGAAGGAGAGGUGUCUGGCUGAGCAGAAGAAGAGGAGGCAGCGCGCCACUAAAAAAAUCUGCGUCUUCAUCGGCACCUUCAUCCUCUGCUUUUCACCCUACGUUAUAACAAGGUUGGUGGAGUUGUUGCCCUCUGUGCAUAUCCCCCGGUACUGGGGCAUGACCGCCAAAUGUCUGUCUUAUGCCAAAACCUCUAGCGACCCAUUUGUUUACUGCCUGCUGCGGCAGCAGUACAGGAAGGUCCUAGUAGGUAUCAUCAGCCGUUUCAUAAGAAAGGAUCACUACUCGCAGUCAAUCCACAGCGCCAGCAGCACACUGGACACCACAGAUGACACCUGCGCUGCCAGAGUCACCUGA